UGUUACAACCACGGAUAGAAAAAAACCCAAAUUCCCCCCUGGCCUUGCCCACAAAAGGCACCUGAGGUCAUCCCAUGGGAACCUGUGCCCCUGAGACCUCGAAUAGCGUGGUGGGACCUUAUCAACGAAGCCUUUCCCUGGGGUCUGGCUGUACAGGGUGGCUUUGGUGACACUGGACCCCGGCUUCUGCCCACCGCACUCUGCAUCAGUCCAUCCAGGCCUUCUUAGAUUUUGCUGGUAAUGCACAGAAAUUAUGCUGAUGAUGUAGUUCUUAAGAUUCCGCCCUUCCCCAAGAAAGAAGAAUCAAGGAGAAAGAGGAAAUGACUUCUAGAACCUUAACAGCUAGACCCCAGAUAUUGACCUUUCAAGAUGUGACUGUGGACUUCACCUGGGAGGAAUGGAGGCUGCUGGGCCCUGCUCAGAAGGACUUGUUUAGGAAAGUGAUGCUGGAGAACUAUGAGAAUUUUGUCUUCCUGGUAGGACUUCCAGUUUUCAAACCCAGUAUGAUCUCCAAACUGGAAAGAAGAGAAACACCAUGGAUGCGAGAGGAAGAAGUCACUUUUUAUUUUGAAGAUUCUCUUAUUCAGAAGACAGGAUCUGAAACCAAGAAGUCAACUCCAAAGCAGGGUAUUUGUAUAGGAGGAUCUUCCAAAGAGAGACUUACAAAGGAUAGCCCUUGGGAUUCCAGGUUGGGAGAAGCAUGGGAUCAUGAUGUCUGGUUAGAGAGGCAAAGAGGAAAACAAGAGAAACAAUCUGGGCAGGUAGCAGCAACCCAUAAAUGGAAUAUAUUUGGGAGACAGCUUGUUUGGGGGGCAAUCCUUAUUGAAAACCAGAGAGUUCCUAUAGGAGGAAGUCUCCCUAAGUCUGAGAGAGUUGGAAAGAGUUUCAAACAGUUUUCAGAGCUAAUUAAAUGUAAUAGAACUGCCUCAGGGAAAAAUCUUUGUAAGCAUAGUAAAUACAGGAAGCCUUUCAGUUAUCAGUCAAACCUUAUUCAUUACCAUAGAACAAACACUCGUAAUAAUAAUAAGCAUAAUGAAUCUGGCAAAACUUGGAGUAAUAUCUCAUACUUUACUAUACGUCAGAAUAGACAUACAAGAGAAAAACCGUAUAGGUGUAAUGAAUGUGGCGAAAACUUCAGCCGGAAAGGAAACCUUAAUGCUCAUAAAGAAACUCAUACUGGAGAGAAACACUUUCAAUGUAAUACAUGCGGAAGAGGGUUCAGAUACCAUUCAUAUCUUGUACAGCAUCAAAUAAUCCAUACUGGAGAGAAACCCUAUAUAUGCAAUCAAUGUGGAAAAGCAUUCAACCGGAAAGGAAGCCUAAGUAGACAUAAAAUGACUCAUACUGGAGAGAAAUACUUUGAAUGUAAUGAAUGUGGAGAAGGCUUCAGGUAUAGAUCCUUCCUUGUACAACAUCAGAGAAUUCAUACUGGUGAGACACCCUAUAAAUGCAAUGAAUGUGGAAAAACCUUCAGCCAGAGGCAAGGCCUUAAAAUACAUCAAAUAAUUCAUCCUGGUGAGAAACCGUUUAAAUGCAUUGAAUGUAGAAAAGCCUUUAUCCUGAAGGGAGAUCUUAUUAAACAUAUGAGAAUUCAUACUGGAGAGAAACCCUAUAAAUGUAGUGAAUGUGAAAAAACCUUUAGCCUGAGGGGAUGUCUUAGGGCACAUAAGAGAAUUCACACUGGAGAGAAACCCUAUAAAUGUAAUGAAUGUGGGAAAACCUUCAGGCAGGGGGGAGGUCUUAGUGCACAUAAGAGAAUUCAUACUGGAGAAAAACCUUUUAAAUGCAAUGAAUGUGGAAAAGCCUUUAGCCAGAAGGGAAACCUUAAAACACAUAAGAGAAUUCACAUGAGUGAGACGCUCUCUGAAAAGAAUGAAUGUGAAAAAUUCUUCAACAGAAAGGGAAAUCUAAAUAGAAGCAAAAUAACUAAUACUGGAGAGAAACCCUUUGCAUGUAAGGAAUGUGGCAAAAGCUUCAAGUACAGUGUAUUCUUGGUGGAACAUCAGAGAGUUCAUACUGAUGAGACACCCUAUAGAUGCAAGGAAUGUGGAAAAACCUUCAGCCAGAAGAGACGCCUGAGGACACAUCAAACAAUUCAUCAUAGUGAGAAACUCUUUAAGUGCAGUGAAUGUGGAAAAGCCUUCAGCAUGAAGGGAGAUCUUAAUAAACAUAUUAGAAUUCAUACUGGAGAGAAACCCUAUAAAUGUAAUGAAUGUGAAAAAGCCUUCAGCCAAAGAGGAGGACUUUAUACACAUAAAAGAAUUCAUACUGGAGAGAAACCCUAUACAUGUAAUGAAUGUGGAAAAACCUUCAGGCAGAGGGGAGGCCUUACUGCGCAUAAGAGAAUUCAUACUGGAGAGAAACCCUUUAAAUGUAAUGAAUGUGGAAAAGCCUUCAGCCAGAAGGGAAAUCUUAAAACACAUAAGAGAAUUCACACAAGUGAUUUGCCAUUUGAAUUUAAUAAAUGUGAGGAAAGCAUUUACCAAUAGUCUGGACCUAAUGACAUCAGAUAAUUUGUGCUCAAGAGAAACACUUUCAGUGUAAUGCAUGUGAGAAAGCUUUAAGUCACAAGAGAUUGCUUAAUGAGCAUAGGAUAAUUCCUAUGAAAGAAAAGCCUUUUCAGUGUAAUCAGUGUGAGAAAGCUUUCAAAUGGAGUGGAAACUUCAUGCAAUAUUAGGGAAUGGAUACUGUAGAGAAACCUUUUGAAUAUAAUGAAGGUGGAAGAUCUAACAUUGUUGCACAGAAUAACAUUUGUGGUGGAGAAAACCAUUGACUAUCAAGAAUAUGUGGGAAGAUUCAGGCACAACUCACCAUAAGCAAACAGAGGAUCCAUACUGAAGAGAAAGCUUUUCAGGAUAAUUAUUGGGAAAAUUGUCAACUGAAGUAGUAAUUAGUCAUAAAAGGUUUUAUUCAUCAAUUAAUUUUAGUAUUUAGUGCCAUACCAAUCAAACAAC